UGGUGCUGAGCGGAGCGCUCACCUGCAGAUGAGAGAGCCGGGGAAACUCGGGGCAGCACACUCACUAAGCGCGCAGAGGGACGUAACUAACAGUCUGACCGAGAAAGGGGGAAUAAUUUUUGGAAAAGAAAAAUACGAACCGACCCUCUUUCUGGUUCUUUUGUCCGGGCAGCAUUGAGUCGCUUCCUCGCCACGAUGAGAACUGACUUCGCUCUGGUCCUGACAGCAGCCCUUCUUCUUGACACAUUCUGGAGGAAUAAUGGGGUGCACGCUUCCAAAGGUCCCUGCCAACCUGGCUUCUCACAAAGCUUCUACUCUGUGCUGAUUUCAAGGGAUGUACUGCAAGGUCAGGGCAUACUUAAAGAUACUACUGUCUCAUCCCAGAAAGUGAAGUUUGACGACUGCAUGGGAAAUGAAGGUGUGGUCUUCCAGAGCAGCAACCCCCUCUUUGGCGUGCGGACAGAUGGAUCCAUCUUUGCCCAACGAGAGGGAGCCAACCUAGAUGAACCUGUCCAGUUGAAACUGACAGCAAGUGGUCCGCACACACAUGUCUGGGAGACUAUGGUGCAGUUGGCACUGAUUGACCUACCAUCAUCCCAACAAACUGAAAAUGAGGUCACAGAGAAUGAAAAGAAAGUUGCUGGGAGAAAAGAGAAGAAGGAGGCGGUACAAACACCACCUCCUGUCAUCAUGUUCCCAGGGUCCGGUCGCAACAUCACCAAGGGUCUACGAAGACAGAAGAGGGACUGGGUAAUCCCACCAAUCAAUGUGGCUGAAAAUUCUCGAGGACCGUUCCCUCAGAUGCUUGUCAGCAUUCGUUCCGACCAGGACCAGGACAUCUCAAUCCGGUACAGCAUCACUGGGGUGGGAGCAGAUCAACCACCAAAUGAAGUAUUCAGUAUCGAUCCUGUGCUUGGAAAGAUGUUUGUCACCAAACCUCUUGAUCGAGAACAUCGCUCUUCAUAUCACCUGCGAGCCCAUGCUGUGGACAUGAACGGCAACCAGGUUGAGAACCCUAUCGAUCUGUACAUCUUUGUCAUCGAUAUGAAUGACAACAGACCCGAGUUCAAAAACCAGGUCUACAAUGGCUCUGUGGAUGAAGGCUCGAAACCAGGAACAUAUGUGAUGCAUCUGUCAGCAUUUGAUGCAGAUGACAACACCACAGCUAAUGGAAUGGUGCGCUACCGGAUCCUGUCCCAGACGCCGCACAGCCCGAUCCCUAACAUGUUUACCAUCAACAGCGAGACUGGAGACAUCGUGACAGUGGCGCCUGGUCUUGAUCGAGAGAAAGUGUCCCAGUAUACCAUUAUCGUGCAGGCCACGGACAUGGAGGGCAACCUGAACUUUGGCCUUUCCAACACAGCCACUGCCAUCAUCACUGUCACGGACAUCAAUGACAACCCUCCCAUGCUGACCUCCAGAACUUUUUCUGGAGAGGUCCCCGAGAACCGUGUAGAUGUCGUUGUGGCUAACCUGACGGUUAUAGAUGCUGAUCAACCGCACUCCCCUAAUUGGAAUGCCAUCUACAGGAUCAUCAGCGGAGACCCAUCUGGGCAUUUUACCAUCCGCACCGACCCGAUUUCAAAUGAUGGCAUGGUCACCGUGGUGAAGCCGGUAGACUUUGAGAUGAACCGUGCCUUCAUGCUGACGGUAGUGGUGUCCAACCAGGCCCACCUGGCCACUGGCAUCCAGUCCUCACUCCAGUCCACGGCUGGGGUCACCAUAUCUGUGCAGGAUGUAAACGAACCUCCUUACUUCCCCACAAACCCAAAACACAUCCGCUUUGAGGAAGGUGUCCCUGCUGGCACCAGCCUGACGACCUUCUCGGCGUCAGAUCCCGACCGACUUCAGAUGCAGCAGAUAAUCAGGUAUUCAAAGCUGAACGACCCAGCAGACUGGCUGUCCAUCAAUAGAAGCAACGGUCAGAUAGUAACCACAGCAAUGCUCGACCGGGAGUCUGUCUAUGUAAAAAACAACAUAUAUGAAGCCACAUUUUUGGCAACAGACAAUGGCUCUCCUGCAGCCAGCGGCACAGGCACACUGCAGAUCUAUCUGAUAGAUAUUAAUGACAACCCCCCAGCACUCAUACCCAAAGAGUCUCAGAUCUGUGAAAGGACGUACAGGAGCAUCAACGGUGUCAACAUCACUGCCGCUGAUGCCGACACAGACCCCAACGCUGGACCUUUUGUCUUCGAGUUGCCCACGUUUCCCACCACCAUCCGACGUAACUGGACAAUUUCUAGGAUCAGCGGUGAUUUUGCCCGUUUGAGUCUGCGGUAUCAAAUAUAUUUAGAGCCUGGAGUGUAUGAAGUCCCUGUAAUCGUGUCAGACUCCGGGAACCCUCCAUUGUCCAACAGGUCAGUCAUCAAAGUUAAGGUGUGUCCCUGCGAUGAAAACGGAGAUUGCACCACCCUCGGGGCCGUGGCAGCUGCUGGCCUUGGAACUGGAGCCAUCAUCUCCAUCCUCAUCUGCAUUAUCAUACUACUCAGCAUGGUGCUGUUGUUUGUGGUGUGGAUCAAGCGCAGAGAGAAGGAGAGGCAGACAAAGCAACUGCUCAUUGACCCUGAAGAUGAUGUCAGGGACAACAUCCUCAAGUAUGAUGAAGAGGGAGGAGGAGAAGAGGACCAGGACUAUGACUUAAGCCAGCUGCAGCAGCCCGACUCCUUGGAGCACAUCAUCAGCAAGCCGCCUGGUGUCCGCCGGGUGGAUGAGCGUCCGAUCAUCCCAGAGUCCCAGUAUCCGAUCAGACCUGUUGUUCCCCACCCCGGAGACAUCGGAGACUUCAUCCAUGAGGGACUGAGAGCAGCAGACAACGAUCCUACGGCUCCUCCAUACGACUCCUUGCUGGUGUUUGACUACGAGGGUAGCGGCUCCACCGCUGGCUCUGUCAGCUCCCUCAACUCCUCCAGCACAGGAGACCAGGACUAUGACUACCUCAAUGACUGGGGCCCCCGAUUUAAGAAGCUGGCUGACAUGUACGGAGGAGGGGAUGAUGAUUAAAUUUGCCCAGUCGCACGCGUACACACAUACACACACACGCAAACACACAUCCUUGUCCCGUCAGCUGGCCUGCCAUGCUCUGACCCCUAAAACAAGGGGCUAUUACAUCCUUAUUGAACACAAGAUAACAAGGACAUGUUCACACUGACCAACGGACUGACCAACCAACCAACCAAUCAAAUUGCCCACCACAGAGGACCAGCGCCAUGAGUCAGUUUCGGGUGCUCUUCUCAACCGUCUCCUGCUCUAAGCCUGUCUGUGACUGAAAUGGAAGCUCUGAUUUUUCAGACUUCUCAUUAAUUUUCAAACUGUUGUGCUUUUGUUCCAUUUGAAUGUUAUAUGCUAGAUUUAGGUUUA